AUGGAAAACAAUGACCUGCUCGAAAAGGCUUUAGAAUUGGGUACCACUUAUUUCAAGAGUGGAGACUUCUCCAAUGCCAACAAGCUCUUCACGAAAGCUAUCCAUUUAGCUUGCUCCUAUAGAGAAAGUGAUAUUGAAAAUCUGAGACAAAGAUGCGGUUUACCAAAGAGGUCGGUACAUGACUCAACGAAGACAACUCAUCCUCGCUUGGUGAAGUUAUUAGACAACAGAUCUGCAAGUUGGGAGAAGCUUGGUCAACUGCAAAAAGCUUUGAAAGACGCGAAGAAGAUGAUCCGAGAAGAGCCAUAUAAUGUAAAGGGCUAUAUUAGAUGCGGCAAAGUUUUACAGAAGUUGCAAGAAGACGACGAAGCCUACAAUAUUUAUGAAAAGGGCCUCAAAAUGGCAAAAGAGGGCAAUGAAAAGUUUCAAAUAAGGGUGAUACCCAAAUUUGUUGACAUCAUAAAAUUUCAGCAGAGACUCAUCAGAAGCCGAAAAGAACCAAAAUUGCAACGUCGUGAUAUUAAAGGUAUCAAGAGAAAACGGGAUGUCUCUAAUCAAAAUUUUAGUAGCAAUGAAAAACUUCUUAAACUUGGUAAUGAUUUUCACUUCGAUAUUCUCGGUCACUGUCCUCUGGAGAUAACUAAGAACAUUCUAAAAGAAUUCGACAGUAAAAGUUUGAGUUCUUUGAUGUUGGUAAGCAAAUCGUGGUAUUUUCGAAUUGGGAUUUUAUCGGAUCUUUUCAGGAGUUUUGACUUAAGUGGGAGUACUUAUAAGAGGAUACUGACAUUUCAACUUUUUGUCAAUAAGUUAUUCGAACAUCAAGGUGGUAUAAGAUUGCACACUCUUAAGUAUUCAUCUUCCACUUCGAUGGCAGAAGAUAAAUCUGUUUCCGCAUUACUGGACAUGGCCACGCUGUCGUUGAAAUCAUUAAGUUUACAGACAAAAGCAUGUGACUUUGAGCGACUAUCUGAGCGCUUUUCAAUGAAUAGUACCUUGAGCGGCAGCCUUGAGGAAUUAUCAUUAGUAUGUCACUACAAAAGAACUCUCUCGGCAUCUGCAGAGCUAAAUUUUUUGAGCAAGGCAACGUCUUUGAGGAGGCUUGAACUAUUUUUCCCAGACCUAAUUCAACAGCGCAGUAGUUCAAGAUUGAAAGCGCAAUCUUCAAGAAUUGAAAAGCAUAUCCUGCAAAACUUGGAAUCACUGAAGAUUGUGUGCGAUCUCAAAAAAGUUUCGCCCUUCUUCCCCUUCAAGUGCGCGUUGCUCGUUGACGAGCCGUACGCAAAUCUUUCUAAAGUAUCUAUAUGCGGUGUCACUUUCGAUUCUACAUUUGGGUUUGGUUGGAUUUUGAAUUUUCCUAACCUACGGGAAUUAUGGUUAGAAAAUAAUAAGAAUGUCUUUCUUAAAGACUUCAUAGAUGUCAUGGUUUAUUCACACGUAUUCAAGUGUAUGGAAAAGCUUACAUUUCGAGAACACAGAAUUGGAAGUAAUCCUGUCAACCUUCAUGAAUACCCUAAUCUUUUAGAGAACCCUAAUUUGGUCAGUAAUUUCUGCCACCUACGCAUCUUGGACCUAAUGGGUAGCUCUAUUGGGGGCAGAGGUCUACUUUCAAUAGUCACAUGCAUACCCAAUAAUGUUAUCAGAAGACUAAACAUUGGCGAUUGUCCUUUUAUGCAUUACCAAAGAAGCACUGACAAUGGCUAUCUCAAUCUAGGUUCAUUGCUACCAAAGCUACCCCACAUUGAAGAGCUUUUUCUUCACCAAUCCGUUGCAUUCGAUGACUAUGCCGUUCAGCUCCUAACGCAAAACGUCAAAUAUACGAAGAAAUUAAGGAAGCUAGACCUUUCAUUUAACAUGUCAAUAACAGGUGCCUCCAUAUAUGAGCUCUUAAGGGAAUUGAAAGAGAGCGAAUACAUAGUCUUGGAUAAGCUUGUAAUCGACGCUUGCCCAUCAAUUUCAAAGCACACAAUGAGCAUCAUCAAGCAGAAUGGUUUCGUUAGAGAACUAUCCUGCUCUUAUGAAAAAAUGACAUGGAAAAUAUUCGGAAUAAACACCUUAGUCACAGCAUAA